GUUGUUUGAUGCAAGUGGAGGAUAGAGAGCAGCUGACCAAGGAGCUGGAGCUGGAGCUGGAGCAGGAGCAGAGGAGAAGGAGGGGGCGGUCAGAGGCAGACAGUCUCCUGCUGCUGCUGCUGAAGGACCUGCUCCUGUCCCACAAAACUAAACUUGAACGCCGAUAACCAGCAAACGAACCCUGGAUUCUCCUGCAGUGGGAGUGUAGAGCUACAAGCUAAAUAGCUGUUUGUGCAGUUUUGUACUGCAGGAUAAAACCAAGGACCUGCAAGUGUUACGUUUAAAAUGUCCAUAUUACCGUUCACCCCUCCUAUAGUGAAGAGGCUCCUCGGCUGGAAGAAAGGGGAGCAGAACGGACAAGAGGAGAAAUGGUGCGAAAAGGCUGUAAAAAGUCUCGUGAAGAAGUUGAAGAAAACUGGACAACUGGACGAGUUGGAGAAAGCCAUCACGACACAGAAUGUCAACACGAAAUGCAUCACCAUACCCAGAUCUCUAGAUGGCCGUCUCCAGGUCUCCACCAGAAAAGGUCUCCCUCAUGUGAUCUACUGCCGUUUAUGGCGCUGGCCCGAUCUACAGUCCCACCAUGAGUUAAGAGCUGUCGACCACUGUGAAUUUGCCUUUCAUACCAAGAAGGAUGAAGUCUGUGUCAAUCCCUACCACUACCAGAGGGUGGAGACACCAAUUCUGCCUCCUGUCCUCGUACCACGGCACACAGACAUCCCUGCAGUGUUUCCACCGCUGGAUGACUACAGUCCAUCCAUUCCUGAGAACACAAAUUUCCCUGCUGGCAUUGAGCCCCAAAGUAACUAUAUUCCUGAAACACCCCCACCAGGCUACCUUAGUGAAGAUGGUGAGACCAGUGACCACCAGCUCAACCACAGCAUGGAUACCAGUUCACCCAGUCUGUCACCCAAUCCUAUAUCACCCUCAAACAGUAAUCUUGGCUUACAACCUGUGACCUACUGUGAAUCGGCCUUCUGGUGCUCUAUAUCCUACUAUGAACUGAACCAACGUGUUGGAGAGACCUUCCAUGCGUCUCAGCCCUCCCUCACUGUAGAUGGCUUCACUGACCCAUCCAACUCUGAGCGCUUCUGUCUCGGUCUGCUGUCAAACGUCAACCGCAACUCAGCAGUUGAGCUCACGCGCAGACACAUAGGAAGGGGCGUCAGGUUGUACUACAUUGGGGGCGAGGUGUUUGCAGAGUGUCUCAGUGACAGUGCCAUAUUUGUUCAAAGUCCAAACUGCAAUCAGCGCUACGGCUGGCAUCCUGCCACUGUUUGCAAAAUUCCUCCAGGUUGUAAUUUGAAGAUCUUCAACAACCAGGAGUUUGCUGCUCUACUCGCCCAGUCUGUCAACCAGGGAUUUGAGGCUGUUUACCAACUUACCAGAAUGUGCACCAUCCGUAUGAGCUUCGUUAAAGGAUGGGGAGCAGAGUACAGACGUCAGACUGUGACUAGCACCCCUUGUUGGAUAGAACUGCAUCUCAACGGUCCUCUGCAGUGGCUGGAUAAGGUCCUCACACAGAUGGGGUCUCCGAGCAUCCACUGCUCCAGUGUGUCGUAGGAGCAGCACCCUUAAAUACAAACCAUACAUAGGAAAUCUCAAGCAUCGGUCAUUCAUCACAACGAAAUAUACACAAUGUUUGUCCUCUAACCCUCUUCCAUCUGACAUUUUAUCAUUUCAACAAGUACAGCCAUUGUUAGCACUUUCCUUUGAACCGUUAAUGUCCAAAAGUGAGGACAUUUUUGGCUCCAUGGCAUGUGAUUAUCCACAUAAAACCACGGCGCUAAUUAUUGACGACAAAUACCGUAAAUGUUUGUCUUCCAAAUUCCAAAUCCAACCGUCACUGGUCUUGGUCCAAAAGCACUUUUUACUAACACUGGAAGUGGAAGUUGUAUUAAAGAAAUUAACCUUUAAUAAUUGAAAAUAUCUAUUGAAAAAUAAUAAGUACAAGGUACUUUUUGCUUAUUGGUUUAUGGGUCUUAAUGAGAGCAUUAUUGGUAUUUAUCUAUUUUAACAAAUAUAUAGACAGUAGCUCCAUUGUGUCCCUUCUAUAAAAACUAUUUUGCUGAGUGAAAUACAUUUUAUAAGUUAUUUUUGCAUACUGUAACUGUCCUGCAUGGGAAUAUAUUUUUAUUAUUGCCUCUAUAUAAUUGUACAUAAAUAUUUAUAGCUCGAUCUCCUGUCAUGCGUUGCUUGAAACAGUGGACCUUACAUGAGUAGACAUACUGACUUGAAUGACUGGAAUUUUAAACCUGAUUAAAUGUGGGCUUUUCUGACCCGGGUCAGAGGACUCCUCAGUGUAGAAACAUAGGAUUGUUGCAACUGUGAUUGGUGAUAUUUAUAAUAAUAAUUAUGAUAAUGACAAACAGUUAAAGGGGACAUGUUCUGCUAAAUUGACUUUUUCAGGGUUUCUGUACGUUUGUGUCUCCGGAGUGACUGCCUACUCCUUGAACGUCUGUUUCGCCAAAUAGGUAGAUGUUUUAGAAUCUCAUAAUUGCUUUGUGACGUAAAAAAUGUUACGGCCCUCUGCACUGUGUAGGUUUUUUAGCAAGAGAGCCAGUGAGGCCUGUGAUUAACUUGAGUUAAUAUCAUAUGAUUUAGUUACCAUAAACUUAACCACAACCACUGCAGAUCAUUCAGGUUCAUUCUGUCGCUCAAACACAUGUUCGGACCAAAGUUUGUUGUCUGGCAGCCAUUUCUUUUUCACUGCCCAAUCAUUGCUAUCGUGACGUGUAGCUAUUCUCAGGUCUUUCCCCCACACAUGAAAUGGGUGAGCCUCCAGUGUCUCAUUACCAUUCAAAGGUGAAGGCACACACAGGGCUGUUGUGUAUGAUAAACAACUUUGUUCUGUAUAUACAGCACAACAUGUCCCCUUUAAUACAGCGUGUUUGUAAAAAACAAAGUUUGCAGGAAUGUGACAGUAUGGAUGUUAACGCGAGUCAUUUGUGGUCAUUUACUUUUUAUUGAAUUCUAUAUGUACAAUAUAUGUGGCAUGUAGAAAUAUUGCUUGCCGUCCCAGGUCAUGGCGAAGAAAAGCACCAUUUAAUCCUGUAUUGACUACGACUGCAUCACCAUGCUACUUUAUAUUUAAAAUAUUUCAUGGUGCUUACCUGAGAAACUGUGCUGCAGUGUACUUGGUUGAUCUGUGUCAGAACUUGUGUUCUUUAAGGUUCUUAGUUGAUAUUGUUAUGACUAUGUCUUGUGGAAAUAUUUUCAUGUAAUAUUUGUGUUCCUUUUUGGUUUCAUUAUCUGUCAACACUGCAUAAUUUACUGGGAAUUAAGAGCUGAACUGGCAGGUUGACAACCAGUGACUGGAAAAACAGUACAAUUAUACUGUAAUAAAAAUCCCAUAGAAAAACCAA